AUGUCACAAUCUCCUAAACCACAACAAGAUCAUCCGACUACAGCAACCUCAACAGACAAAAAUAACACCACUGAUUGCACAGAAACAAAUUUACAAUCACAAUCACAAGACCAAGUUACAACUUCUCAAACAUCAUUUGAUGGAGACGAAGACAACAAUCCAUUCCUGCAUCACCAAGGACUAAGCAGUUUUAGUCAUUUACAUCUAAAUAGUAGCCGGCAACUGAAACAGCAGUCUAACGAAGAUAUUAAAACACCAGAUGACGUGGAUGACUCAAUGCUACUAUACAAAACAUCUAAACUGGAUAAAUCAAACAAAAACUCCGAAUCAUUCAAUGCAGUCAAUAUGAAUUUUGAAAGUAGAGUUACGAAGCUAUUGAAGCCCAAAGUUCGUGUCAAGAUACAAAUUACCGAAGCUGGUAAUUCAAAUGAAGGCAUGAAUAACUCCCUGAAAAAAUAUAUUGUCUACACCAUCAAACUUGUGAACAUUGAUGUCAAAAGUGACGAGGUCUUGACAAGAAGAAGAUAUAGUGAUUUUGAAAGUUUACGUGAUGUGUUGACUAAAAUUUUCCCCUUGGUUGUUAUACCACCAAUCCCACCUAAAAACUAUUUUGAUUUCUCAGUAUUCAAUGGGUUUGUUGGCCAAGGAAGUAUUGGAUUUGGAUCAAACAGUGGAAUAGCAGGAGGUGGUGGAGGGGGAGGGUCUACUGCUCAUGAGAGAUCAAUUGGCGGUGGCAGUAGCGGAUCUACCCCGUCGAGUGCAGCAGCAGCAGCAGCUACUGGUAGUUCCAACAAUAUCCAUUCCACUACAUCAACAGCCAAUAAUCUAUCCAGUCCUACAUCAUCAUAUUCAUACAUCAACUCAAACCAUCUAGCUAAAAACAAACUAAUUGAACACCGUAAACGAUUACUUUCCAAUUUUCUCAACAAUUGUCUUGAAAUUAAACAAAUUCGGAACCUAGAGUUUUUCCAUAAAUUUCUUGAUCCUAAUGCCAAUUGGUCCGAUGAAAUUGCUCUAAUUCAAAAUCAAUUACCAAAAUCAAUCUACUUACUGAAUCCAGAAAAUGGGUUAAAAACAGAUUCAAUAUAUGCCAAUUUACCCAAUCCGUCUUCAAGUAAAAACACUAUAAGCUUUUUCAAAGAUAAUGGGAAACGAAUCACUAAAAAGACAAAUAAGCUAAUUGGUAAUAGUAUUAGUAGUAGUGCUAAUACCAUAGCAGCAGAAGCUACUGGAGUCAACCCAAGCCCCGAUAUAUCUACCAAUGAAGCAUUACAAAAAAAGAAACAAAGUGAGUAUAUUGUGGACACUUCUGGAUUAGAUGAAGUGAAUAAACGAAUUACAAGUAAUUUCAUGGGUCUUUCCAAUGACUAUGCUGAAUUGGGCAGUGUCUUCAAUUCUUUUUCCUUAAUGUUUUCAGAAGUAUUCCUGCUGAUGCUGCUGCGAAGUGAAGAGGAAGGAGGAGGAAGAGCCAACGGUAAUGGUGGGGGUGGCCUUGAUGGUGGUGCUACUACUACUGAAACUGGCACCAAAGCUGACAAAUACAAAUCCAGUGACAAUAAUGAUGAACUUAAUUUCAUACUUGACAAGAUUGGCCAAUGUUUUGAUCGAUCAUAUAUUGCUAUGAAUCUAUUAAUCGGUGACUUAGAAACACAAUUUUCGGAACCAUUGGGCGAAGCAGUACAGUAUACUCAAAUCUUGCAUUAUAUAACCAAAUACCAAUCAAGGAAGCUAACUCAAAAGCAAAUGUUGGAUGAUGAGGUCAAGUACAAGCGAAAAGAAUUGAAUCAGUUGUUGAAAAUUGAGCUGGAGGCAGGUAUGGUUGAACAUUCAAUUAGGCAUCAGCAUAGCAACAAUACCCCCGCGAACAAUGGCGAGUCAAAGUUUGACUUGAAUGGUUUUGCCAGCACCACUAAUUCCAAAACUCACAAGUCAGCUCCCAAUGGUACACCUGUAAUCAAUGGAUCAAACAAUGGCAGUACGCAAGCUCCCACAUCCAGUGGGUUAUUCAAAUUACCCAAUUUUAAAUUCAAGAAAUUGACACGAUAUGUUAGUGAAAUAAUUGAUCAGAACCCCCAACAAACAAGGAAAACCAAAAUUCAUGAAUUGACUGACAAGAUUUCGGUAUUGGAAAAAUGUCAAGAUAUAAUGCUUGCUGAUUUAUCAUUUAUAUAUGAUGAGGUUGACAAGAAUUUGCAACAAUUUCAACUUCAUCAAUUGAAAAUGAUUUACGAGAUUUUAUUAUAUUAUAAUCAAGUAUUGAUCAGAUGGGCUAAAAAGAAUAUUGAAAUUUGGCAAGAUGUGAAAGAAGAAAUUUUGAAGUACUAA